GGCGGUGACUAAGGCUCACGAGUGACGGGGAGCGGGGGAGCAGCAGCUCCAAGGCCUCUCCAACAGCUGAGGGAAGCCACCAUCCCCGAUGGGAGACAGCAUCCCCCCGCCCUCCCUGCCACCCCCUUCGCCUGGGGAUGCCCUGCAGGGAGAGCGCAGACCCCCCCAGUGCGACCGACCCGGCCCUCCAGACGUCAUCCCCUCGGAAAAGACCGUCCCACCUGUCCCUGCAGCCAUCACCCCCUCCGAAAAGAUCGUCUCGCCUGUCCCUGCAGCCGUGCCCCCCUCCCAGCAGCCCGUCUGCCCCUCGGCUGUGAUGCGCCCCUCUGAGAGCAGCCCCCCACAGCGUGACCAGCCCGGCCCUCCAGCCGUGGCACUGCCAGGACAGCCCGUGUCCCCCAGCCCUGCCACUGCUGUCCCCUCAGCACAGAGUGCUGCCCCGCAGUGUGACCGGUCCCCCCCUGGACCCCCCAAGCAGCCUGGGAUGGAGCACCCCAAAGAAGAGGCAUUGCCCCACACCCCUGGCCAGCCUGUCCCCAUGCACGCUGCCGCCCCUCGCUCCGUGGAGAUGCUGCCCCAUGGCAGCCAGCCCCCAGCCCCAGCUGCCACUGAAGGGGCCCCUCCUGAUGCCAAGAGCCCCCUGGGCGCCACAGCCGGGCCCUCAAAGGACGUGACCCCCCGCAGCAGCCGCCCCUCGCUGUCUCCUGCUGCCAGCGCCCGGCCCAAGCAAGAUGCCCAGAAAGCCCAGGCGAGGCACAAGCAGGCGAAGGAGCGGCGCGAGGAACGGGCCAAGUACCUGGGUGCCAAGCGGGUGCUGUGGCUGGAGAAGGAGGAAAAGGCCCGGCUGCUGCGGGAGAAGCAGCUGGAGGAGCGGCGCAAGCGGCUGGAGGAGCAGCGGCUGCGGGCAGAGAAGCGCCGGGCAGUCCUGGAGGAGCGGCAGAGGCAGAAGCUGGAGAAGAAUAAGGAGCGCUACGAGGCAGCGAUCCAGCGGUCGGUCAAGAAGACGUGGGCAGAGAUCCGGCAGCAGCGGUGGUCCUGGGCUGGGGCCCUGCACCACGGCUCCCCCGCACACAAGGACGACCGGAGCUUGCAGCUGAGCCCAUGGGAGAGCAGCAUCGUGGACCGGCUGAUGACGCCCACGCUGUCGUUCCUGGCGCGCAGCCGGAGCGCCGUGACGCUGGCUGGGAACGGCAAGGAGCAGGUGCCCGUGUGCCCGCGCUCAGCCUCCGCCAGCCCCCUCAGCCCCUGCCACAACCACCGCCUGCCGCACCGCUGCUGGGAGCGCCGGAAGGCGGCCGCUGCCAGCCCUGAUGUGACGCCGCGCCGCAGGACCGAGCCCUCGCCCAAGAAGAAGGAGAAGAAGGAGAAGGAUCGGGAGAACGCCAAGGAGCGCAGCGCCCUGUCCCGUGAGCGCAGCCUCAGGAAGCGGCAGUCGCUGCCAGCGGCACAGCCCCGGCUCCUGCCUGCAGCUGACAGCAGCCCUGGCCCCAAGAACCGUCCCUCAUCCCCUGCUGCCCCCAAGAACCGUCCUUCAUCCCCUGCCACCCCCAAGAACCGUCCCUCAUCCCCUGCCACUCCCAAGAACCGUCCCUUGUCCCCUGCCACCCCCAGGGCCCGCCCGGCAUCCCCCAGCCUGGCCCUCAGCUCUCCCCACAAGCCACCCCUGCCUCGAAGCGCCCAUUCCUCCCCCAAGGUGCGGGCCAGAACCCGGGAGGAGCGAGGGGAGCAGGAGGGCCAGGCAAAGGUGCGAGAGAGGAAGGAGGAGGAGCAGGGUCCAGCACCUCCAGCCCUUCCUGAACCCCCCAAGGUGCCUGCAGAGCCGGCAGCAGGCCCCCCAGUCCCUGUGGCCCCCAGCCCUGUGCCAGCCAGCCCCCCAGCCAGACCCUCCGCUGGCACCACGGACCGGGAGGAGGCUGCCCGGCUCUUGGCGGAGAAGCGGCGCCAGGCCCGGGAGCAGCGGGAGCGGGAAGAGCGGGAGCGCCGGGAGCAGGAGGAGCAGGAGAGGCGGGUGCAGGAGGAGCGGGCGCAGCGGGCGGCCGAGGAGCAGAGCCGGCGGGAGGCCCUGGCACGGCAGCGGGAGGAGGAGCGGCGGCUGCAGGAGGAGCAAGAGGCCCAGGAGAGAGCCCAGGCUGAGCGAGAGGAGGUGGAGCGGCUGCAGAGACAGAAGGAAGAGGCUGAGGCGAGGGCGCGCGAAGAGGCUGAGCGGCAGCGCCGGGAACGGGAGGAGCAGGAGCGGCUGGAGAGGAAGAAGCGCCUGGAGGAGAUCAUGAAGAGGACGCGCAAGUCGGAUGCAGCAGACACCAAGAAAAAAGACGACAAGAAGGUGGUGAACGGGAAAGCAGCCAAGCAGGAAGAUGUCCCAGGCCGAGAGAAGCACCUGGGGCCAAUCCCGAAGGCAGAGGAGCUCCCGGAGACGGAGACCCCGAGCGCAGGGACGCCGGGGGGAACGAAGGGCUUGGUGGGUGAAGGGCUGCAGCCAAGCUCCAAGGAGGCAGCGGCCCUGGUGAACGGCGUGCAGGCCGGCAAGCAUGAGAACGGCUUCUCGGGCAGCGAGGGCUCCAAGGAGCUGCGGGAUCUGUCCCACCACGGUGGCAGCCCCAGCAGCAUCAUCCCCUUCGGCGACAAGGAGCCCUUCCUCAAGCAGGCCGUGGUGAAGCCGCCGCAGGUGACAGAGGUGCUGUGAGGGGCUGGCCGAUGCUCCCAGGGGCCACUGCCCACGCCCUGACCCCGGCGGCCCACGCAGAACCGUAGCUGUCGUCAGAAC